AUGAUGCGGGCUGUGGAAGGGAACGGGAGUUGGACCGCCACGCGUAUACUCUUCCUAAUAGGAUUGGUCGUUACACAGGGCUCCAGCAAUACGUCGGAGGAAGAAGUCACUCUGAAAGUCCACCUGAGUGAUGCCAGCACUCAGCAGCCUCUGACUGGCGUAUCUGUACAGCUCUUUGCCAACCACACUUUGGUAACCACGGAAACGUCACUGGUUGACGGCAACACUUACCUGCGCUUCGCAUACCGCCUGGGGACCCCGCUAGUCAUCAUUGCAACCAAAUACGGAUACGUGCCAAACUCUGUGCCGUGGACACCAUCCCGGCUACCUGUGUUUUCCUCCAUUAGCCUUAAUCUUCUGCCUGAGAGAGCCGCUACUCUGACGGUCUUUGAAGAUUUUGUGGAGAUCGUGUCAGAUUUCCAAGGUUUUAAGCACCAGCCUAGUAUUCGUUUCCCACGCCGCGCCUUGACUCUUCCUGUCAACACUUCCUAUGCCAAUGUGAGCGCACUUCUCACAGUGGCGGAUUCCUCCUCGCACAUCCAGCACUUUCCCUCCCUGCAGGUCUCUGUCAGCAAUGGCACAGGAGCUGAGAGGCCUCUGGAGCUGACUCCUGUGGUGGCUGUUUCAGUACAUCUAUUUGCCAGCGACGGACUGGAGCUGCAAGUGAAUGAACCAAUCACAGUCUCUGUCCCCUUGCCCGUAGACAGUGACCUGAAGGAAAAUGAUCACGUCCCCGCUUGGAGAUUUGACCCACGUUUGGGUUCCUGGAUAAAGAGCAGCUUGGGCCAAGUGCAAAGUGUGGAAAACCAACUCGUCCUCACUUAUAUUGCCCCACAGCUAGGAUACUGGGUGGCAGCCAUGUCGCCGCUUAAGUCAGGUCUGCUGAUUGGGAAAGACAUCAGCAUGUACCACACUAUGUUUCUUUUAGCCAUUCUUGGAGGCAUGGCGCUCAUUCUUCUGUGUUUGCUCUGUGUCCUCCUGUACUACUGCAGGCGUCGUUGUUUGAAGCCCCGGAACUCUCACCGCAAGCUUACGCUGUCCUCCGGUCUGGAUACCAGCAAAAGGGAUCAAGCCACCUCUAUGUCCCACCUCAACCUCAUCAACAAUGAGGUGCAGUUGGAGCUUGUCUCCACAGCGACAGAGGCUGACAUGACCACGCCGAUGUUGAAGCAGCCUUCUUACGAGCAUCCAGACGAUUCCCUCGCACAUAGCCCGAUGCAGCACAACAAACAUAGCCGCUCUUCUCUGGGCAACAGCCAGCACGGCUCAUCUCUCGGCAAUUUGACGCCUCGCGGCAGAGACUGCCACCAAUCAGCGGAGACCAUGCAGCUGAAGUCGGCAAUGUCGUGCGGAACCGAACGAGGCUACCGUCAGUCGUACGUCUCUGUCUGCUCAUCGGGCAACCACGUAUCUGACAGGCUAUCGCCAGCCAAGCACGGUCAGUUGUCAGACCAUCAACUGAGCGGUGUCGUCCUCUCCCCCUCCUCACCGCCACAUUCGCCCUCUCGAGGGGAAGGAGGCGAGUGUAGAGCCACUGAUUACCUUCUUUCCCGCUCCGUCGACCACCUGGAGCGGCCGCCUUCGCUAUCCCGGCCGGGCCAGUUGCUGUGUUGCGCCUCUGUGGACUUACUGAGCGGCGGCGAAACCUACCCUAGGGUGCGACCCACUCUGGUCAUCCCCGCUCACUACAUGCGCUUGCCGGGGGAGCACCCCCUUUCAGGUCAGGCGCUCCUACUGCAGACGGACCAGCAGAGUGAAUUGGAGACCAUCCAGGCCGAGCUCAAUGCUUCUCAGCCUUCUGGACAAACGCCCCAAGACUGCGUCACUGGCCCUGCCGAACAUGAUGACGGAGAGAAGCUGGCAUCCAUUCCUUCAGCACUGGGAGAAACGAGUCUAGUGGAAAUCAACAGCGAAGACACGCUUCUAGCUGAAAAGACUUUAAUGGAGCUCAGAGGAGGCAAGCCCCUGCUUCACCCGCGAGCCUGGUUCGUCUCACUGGACGGCCGCUCCAACGCUCACAUUCGACACUCCUACAUCGACCUACAGCGGGCCGGUUGCCACGGCAAUUCCACGAGCACGGGAGGUCCGUCGAGCGGCGGGCGCAGGCACGGAAGCGGCAACGACGCCAGCUUGGAUUCGGGUGUGGACCUGAACGAGCCCCGAGUGGGUCGCAGGGGACGGGAUGAGGAGCGAGAAAUGGAGAAGGUUUCCAAGAGCACAAUGCCAAACACCGCCUUCACUCAGUUAGUCUACGUGGACGAUCUAGACGGGGCGGAAAACGAGGACACCCUCAAGUACGACUCCAGGGGUUCCAAAGGAGAAGCGGAGAUUGUCCAAAUCCAUGCAGAGCCCCCCUCCCUGACUUCCUUGUCGCCCGCUUCUCCUCCCCCUCUGACACCGCCUGACGGUGUGACUCUCAGGAACAAUCGCACGCUGCUGUCCGCCUCCCCCGAGGAUAAUAUGCCCCAAGAUGAUGGGGAGGAGGAGAAAAAGAGCCCCUGGCAGAGACGGGAAGAGCGCCCCCUGCUAGCCUUUAACAUGAAAUAA